CGGCCCACGCACAGCUGCCUUGAGCCCGCAGCCGGCGCACGGCAAGCGAUGGCGGGGACGACGGGGGACCUGCCCAGGGCCGCUGAGACCCCGGCCCUGGGCACGAUGCUUGGCUACCGUGCCUACGCGCGCCGCUGGGUCUUCCUGCUGGUGCUCAGCUUGCUUAGCUGCUCCAAUGCCACGCUAUGGCUCAGCUUUGCACCCGUGGCCGAUACAAUUGCCCAGCACUUCCUCCUGUCCAUCGAGCAGAUCAACUGGCUCUCGCUGGUCUUCUUUGUGGUGUCCAUACCGUCCGGUGUGGUGGCCAUCUGGUUUCUGGACUCCAUCGGGCUCCGCUGGGCGACCGUCCUAGGCGCAUGGCUGAACUUUGCCGGGAGUGUGCUGCGUGCCCUGCCGAGCACGGCUUUCGGGACCCAGGCCCCAUUUGCCUUCCUCAUGGGCGGGCAGAGCCUCUGCGCUCUGGCCCAGACCUUGGUCGUCUUCUCUCCUGCCAAGCUGGCCGCUGUGUGGUUCCCUGAGCACCAGCGAGCCACGGCCAACAUGAUCGGCACCAUGUGUGAGUUGGGGCUGAGGUGGGCAGUCGCCUCCAGCUUAGUGCAAGCAUCUGGGGCCUCUGCACUGUUGGAGGGCGGAGGGCUCCGCCUGUGGCGGGGGCCCAGACAUGGCCAUGGCGGGGCUGACGUGUCCCCGUUCAUCCAUGCAGCAAACCCCCUGGGCAUCCUGGUGGCCAACGUGCUGUCGCCUGCCCUGGUGAAGAAGGAGCAGGGCAUCUUACUUAUGCUGGGCACGUACAUCAUCCCUGCCGCCCUUGCCUGCCUGCUGGCCACCACAUGCCUCUGGGACAGCGUGCCUCCCACCCCACCCUCCGCCGGUGCUGCCCACUCUACCUCGGAGAAGUUCCUGGAUGGUCUGAAGCUGGUGGGUUUUGUGGGAUCCGGGCAAGCUGGGAGGGUGGGCUCACGCUGGACUCCUGGGCUGAGCGGCCUUCCCCUGCAGCUCGUGAGAAACAAGGCCUACGUCAUCCUGGCAGUCUGCUUUGGGGGCGGAGUCGGCAUCUUCUCCAGUUUCUUGGCCCUUCUGGAGCAGGUCCUCUGUGUGUACGGCUACUCCAACGAAUUUGCAGGCCUCUGUGGGGCUCUCUUCAUCGCAUUUGGGAUCCUGGGGGCACUGGUUCUCAGCCUGUACGUGGACCGGACCAAGCAUUUCACUGAAGCCUUCAAGGUCGGCUUCUGUCUCACCUCUGUGGUCUGCGUGGCCUUUGCCCUGGUGUCCCAGCUGCAGGGACAGACACUUGCGCUGGCCGCCAUCUGCUCACUGUUUGGGUUCUUCGGCUUCUCGGUGGCGCCCGUUGCCAUGGAGCUGGCAGUCGAGAGCUCCUUCCCAGUGGGGGAGGGCGCAGCCGCAGGCCUGGUUUUCGUGCUGGGGCAGGCCGAGGGCAUGCUCGUCAUGCUGCUGCUGACCUCCCUGACCGUGCGUCGAGCGCAGCCGUCCUUCUCCACCUGCCAGGAUGGCCUGGACCCACUGGACUGGAGAGUGUCCAUGCUGCUGAUGGCCGGCCUGAGCGUCCUCUUCAGCUGCUGCUUGGUGCUCUUCUUCCAUCCCCCGUACCGGCGCCUGCAGGCCGAGGCCGGCACGAGUACUUCCAUCCAGGACGGUUGCCCGGCAGCAGCAGACCACAUGCCCUGCCUGGCAGAGAGCCCCUGAGGCCACGCCUCGGCCCCCACGGCCCCAGCAGGUGCUGCAGGUGGCUGGGAGGCAAUGCCCUGGUCCAGAGGCUGAGGGAGCAGUCAUGUGUGGAGAAGCCAGCCUGGGGGUUGGAGGGCAGUGGGGCAGACAGGCUCUAAUCACCUUGCUGUGCCAGCCACGGCCGUGCCUGAGCAGGAUAUCAGUGUCCCACAGAUGCCACGGACACAGCAGGAUGGUCCCAGGAACACCUGGGGAUGGAGCUGCUGUGGGGACAAGCUGACACUGAUCUGACAGGAUGCCCCAGGGGUCAGGCCACACCAAAGGUGGCUGGUGCAGAGGCAGAGGGGGACUGGACGGGCUGGGGAUCCUGAGGGCACCCAGCACGGCUGAGUCUGGAGUUGACAGCUGUGAAGGAGCCCAGCCCAGAGCCUCUCUCAGCCUCCGGUCGCUGAGUGACCAGACCCCCAGCCUGGGCGCUGGGAUGGGUGGGGACAGCAGGUGGGGCCGGGCUGGGCUGGGAGGGGGACACAGGAGGAGGGCCCCAUGGCAGAUGCCCCCACAGACACUCGCAGGCAGG